AAUGGCGCGGCGUGAAUGGUUCAAUGAGAAGCGAACAAGUUUUAUGUGAUUUAAUGAGUUACUUGUAAAAGAAGUAACAAUUUUGGUUCGUGAAGUAUUAGUUUACAACUAAACAUUAACGGUUAUGACCUUGGAACUCAUAAUACUAUAUAUUUAAGCCAGUAAUAUAGAUCCUGAAUUCUUAAAUGAAAUCAAUAGCUGAUAGAGCAAACAAAUAGUAGUGUAACUCUGGGAUUUUAGAGCCCUUAGAAACUCUAAGAUGGAUCAAAGCCAUGCUGACAAAGAUUCAUUGGAUAACAAAGAUACUGUUGAUGGUCAAGCAGAUGAGGAUCAUAAUUGCGUAAGUGAGCAAGCUAAAGACAAGAUAACAUUAGCUCUGGAGGAAGAGAAAUCAGAAGAAACUGACAACAGUGAAAAACUAGUCAUAUCUCUGUCAUCCCCUGGACAGAAAUGCGAUUCUCCUCAAAGUGCUGUGCCAUCUGAUGGAGAAGAUAAAAACAAAGAUUCUGAAAAAUUAGUUGAUCAAAAUCAGAAUUCUUCUAUAUUAUGUGAUAAAGAAGCAAAGAAUGCAGCAAAUGACAAGCCCAAAUUAGACCGUUCAGAAGUGAUGGAAGUUAAGCAUAAAGAUAAUCCUAAAAAUACAGAAAAUGGAAAUGCAGAUGUUACUGAUGCGGAGUCGAAAACAAAAGCAAAUGAUGAAUCAAAAGAAAUAUCAACAUCAGCCAGUGAAGUUUAUAUGGAUGUAGAUGAAAAUAGUCGUGACACAAGUACAAAGGGUAGUGUUAAGGAUGACGAGACAGAAAGUCAGAGUGAUAUCUCACAGAUAAAUAAUUCACAGCUUGAUAAUUCACAGUUGGAUGAGUCACAAACUGAUGGUUCCUUACUAAUAGAUGAAGAUGAUGGAAAUGAAAGUGAUUCAUUAGAAACACUUAUGAAAGAUAUCCAUAAAUAUACAGCUAACUUAGACAUGGAACUUUUAACCAGACCUUUUAAAGAUGGAUGGAAACGAGAAGUUGUACAGCGAAAUGUCUUUCAGAAAUAUUCUGAUACUGGAAAAAGAAAGAGUAAACCUGUUGAUAUUUACUAUUUUACUCCUGAAGGAAAAAAACUGAGAUCAAUGAUACAGAUAACAGAAUAUGUCAAUAAAUCUGCAUCAAAUCGAUUGCCUCUGGAAUGUUUCUGUUUUAUGAGAAAACCAAUCUACAGAGAACCAUUUGAAAUUGUCCGAUCUGCAGGUAAAUCUCGGAGACCAGCUGAUACUUAUUCUAAGAGCCCUUUAACACCUAAAAGAGGCCGAGCAAAAGGUAAUCGAAUGAGCCCAAAAGUGUCAUCGUUAAAACCCGGACGACCUCGAGCUUCUGGACCCGAACCAGAAGUUGUUAUUGAGAGAGAUGACGAAGAAGAUUUUUUUGUGGCACCAUAUUUAGAAAUGGCUGUAGAGAGUAGUAAAAAACGUAGUUUAGAUGUGACAACUGGUUCUGGUCUAGAACCACCUGUUAAAAAGAAGGCCACAGCUAGAAAAAGUACAACACCACGUCCACAACAAGUUAUAAAACAAACAAAUCCAACGAUGGAUGGUAGAUCUGAUGGUCAGCUAUGUACAAUAAAUUGUCCUGGUUUAGAAGGUCAACCACCACAGUUACAAUGUUGUAUAUGUAUGUGUUUAUUUCAUCCACGAUGUGUUAACGUACCAGAUAAUAAUAUACCAUCCGUAUUUAACUGUUUAAGAUGUAAAUCUGGCCAUGGUAAAACAGGAAAUGGUGUAGAAAAAUCCAGUAAUUCAUAUUUAAGCAUACCAACAGCACCUGGAUCAUCUUCUACCGUAACAGUUGUAUUUCCUUCUAGAUCACUUGCUACAUCUAAUGGUGGUGUUUCUCCUACUGUACCCACAACACCUAGUUCCUCUUAUACUCUAGCUAACAGUAUCAAUUCAACAUUACGAACAUUUCUGGAUGCCAAGAGCCCUCCACCAUUGAAACCUGCAUUAAAUUUUGAAAUUCCACCUCUCCCACCCUUAAAACCUGCCAACAACCCCAUUCCUCGUUCCAUUCAUUCUUUAACUAGUCCCACAUCCAUCACCAUAGCUCCACCGCGGCUUACGGCAGCUCCAGGAACAGUCCAAAUGCGACCAACUUUACCCCCACCCCCUCUUACAAUGCCACCUAAUUCACAGUUGGGUCUAUCUCCGCAGACCCCUGUAGUGGUUCAGAAACCAUCUAAAGAGACACCAGUUAACGCACAAUUGUUGACAUUACCCGGUGCCGUCACCAAACGACUGAAUCUCUCGCAGCCUUUAGCUUUAAAGAUCAACAACGUUCACAUUGUCGUUCCUCCCAACUGUGUGAUCAACUCUAAAGAAGGACUUAAAGUUGUGUUACCGCCCAACACAUUUGGCUUACCCGUUGAUCCAAAUGCGAAACUAAAUGUGACUGUUUCUAAUAAUAGCGGAGGAAUGGAGACGUUUAAAUCGGUAGCGGAGACUAAUAAUACAAGUAGUGAUACAGGGAGUAAUAAGACCAUCAGUGAUAGUGCUAAUACUGUAAAUAGUGUAUUUAAAGUAAAGAAAACUCGUAUUGGUAUCAAUCCUACUAGUUGUUAUAUGAAGAUGUUAUAUGGUGGUUAUGAGUGUAUGCUGCAUAUAUUUAAAUAUCUUACGACCUAUGAUCUCUUACGGGUGGGACAAGUUUGUAAAACAUGGCACCACAUAUCAAAACAGUCAUCUCUUUGGAGAUUGGUCAGGUUAAAAGAUAUGAAGAUACCUGAUUGGGAAACAUCAACUAGAUUUAUACGACAAGUUGGUGUUGAAAGAUUGAGUUUAAAAGGUUUACAUCAUUAUGAUGACAGAAAUAGAACAUGGCAUAUGUUAAUGGCUAAUUUACAUAAUCUGGUAGCAUUACGAGAUAUACAGUUUGGUUUGGUACCAGCAACAGUUCUACAUUCUGUCUGUGAGAAACUACAGAGUUUAGAAGUUUUCUCAGCUGAAUUUAUAUCUGACAGUAAUUCCGAACAAAUGUGGAAUACACCAACAAAGAUAGAUAUUGGUAAAUUUUCUACAUUACAACAUCUACGUGAGUUGAGAUUACGGGGUGUGGGAGGACUGGUAUUACCUACCUUCUCUUCUACUAGUGGGUUAUCACAACUUACACAAUUAUCACAUUUACAAGUUUUAUCCUUGACAACAUUGCGAUCAUUUCAAGAUUCAGAAUUCCAUUUCCUGGGUCAGAUGCAGAAAUUAAAAACAUUAGAAAUUGGUGAUUGUUCACCAUGGUCCGAGACAUAUGAACAUUUAGCUAAAUUAACCAAUUUAAAGAGAUUACGUCUGGAAUGUGGUGGUGAUUUAAAGAAUACAAGUUUAGCUGAUGCUCUUAUUCAAAUUACAGGAUUAGAAGAGUUGGAAUUAGUAAUGUUUAUUAUACCAGAUAAUUUAUCAAGUAUUACAGAGAAACUAGAAAAUCUCUAUAGAUUUAUUGUUUGGCCUGAUACAUCUGAGGAUAAUGACAAUGAAGUAGUGAAAUCACCAGCUAAAGUCAACACGAACACCCUCAACAGUUUAUCACAAUUAAAGAAAUUAGAAUAUCUAGAAUGGGGCAUUCUUAACAACACAGAAUCAUGUUCUAAUACUAGUAACACCGAUAACAAAGUAGAAAUCAAAUUUACACCUGGACAAUUUGACUCAGAAACUAUUACAAUACAUCAGCUAACGGAGAAAUUAUGUAAGAUUAUGCCAGACACGGAGAAGAUACGCGUCUUCAAGACUCAACCAUUGAGUCACACUAAGUAUAAAAACAGAGAAUCGUAAUACAACUGUGUGUUGGGCUGUUUAUAGAGAUCUGAUGAUUUCAUCUAACGAUAGUAACUAAAUGUGCAUGAUGUGAAUUUGGUGUGUGAUGUAAAUUUGGUGCAUGAUGUGAAUUUGGUGCUGUUUUUUUUUUUUUAAAUAUUUUGAGCAGUGGAUCAAUAUUUUGUUAGAAAAAGAAAGAUUUUUAUAUUAAUUUGAUAUUUCUUUAAUUCGGCAUUUACUAAGGUUUUCUCAACCUCCAUAAUUAGACGUCGCAUCUGUUGUGGUCCAUUUCAUCUUUCAUAAGAUGCUUUGUCAUGGACACCAUAAAAAGAUUCAUUUUCAUAACCAGUUAAAUUUGCAAUAGGGUGUAGAAACUACUUACAUGUAUAUCCUCUACUAAUCUUAUUCGAUCACCCUCAUUUUUCAAGCAAAUGAUCAUUGAAGGAAACAUGUAUAUCAAUUGCACUUUAUGAAAAUGUUGACACAGGUAAAAAGAACUAUAGUUUAAAUAUAGAGUUACAUGAAGAGUUAGAGUGUGCCAUAAAUCUCAAUGUGUGUAUGUGUUUUGGAAAAGAGGGAUUACAUGUAUAUUAUAUAUUUGUGAAAUAGAGAAUGUAAUUAUUAUUAAAAAAGACAUUGUAAUAUAUAAAUCAUGAAAGCCCAUUUAUACAUGCAUUUAUAAACUUUUUUUUGUUAAACUUCAUUUUUAUCAUCCAUUUUUUUUUUUAGAUUUUGAUUGAUUUAUUUUGUUAAAGAUUAAAGAUAUCCGCGAAUUACUCUUGAAAAUUUCAUGCGGAAAAUGCUGGUUUUUUAGUUGCAGGAUUAAAAAGUAAUAUAAAUAUUUUUAACUGAUAUGUUACUGGACCUUUCUUUAUUCAUUAAACCUUUAAACACUUUAGAUUAAGGCAAGGCUCAGUGACUGUGUUUCAAUCUCAGUUGUGGCCAAGAUUUCCAACCUAGUUUCCCCUAGUCAGGGAUCUGGCAAGGAAAAGGGUCUAGUUGUUUGGAAAGAAUAAAAAAAAACAUGCAUACUAUUGGCAUAACAAUACAGAUCCCCUGUCAUUUGAAAAUUGAAAUAAGUGUAGCACUACUGUCAAGGCAUUAAAUCCCAUUUCAUUUCUGUAAAUUUUAUUUGAACUUAACGGAAGUGCUUGGUUAACAUAUUGAGCUGCUGUUCAUAAGAGGUGCAACAAUCUAUUUUAAAAGUUGUAAUAUUUUUAAGAAUAAGGCGUAAGGGUUUCUAUUAAACCAAAAUUUACUGUGUUUGGAUUCAAAAUGUUAAGUCAACACUGUAUUAAAUUUGAAGUUUAUUAUUAGAAAUAUUAUUUAAUUGAGUUUGAAAAGAUUUUUAUCCAAAUAAGAGAAAAAAGACGGACCAAAUAAGGACUGAUAAUGGCUGUACAGCUUGUAUAUUGAUUAUUUUGAAUGAAUCUAUUAUAAUGACUGUAAAUUGUAAAGCUUUAUAUGUUUAUAGAAUGUGUAAAAUAUUCCUUCAACUAUAAAAACAUAUUGUAAUAAAAACAAAAUAUGCAUUAAUGUACAUACUUAUAUUUAAUGAAUUUUUGUUAAUAAAUAAUUGAUCAUAUAAUGAUAAUUAAUGUAACAUUGCCAGACUCACACCUUCACUCCAUUGACCCGUUUCUAAGCUACAUAAGGCUCCGCACCUUCACUGCAUUGGCUGAAUUUGUCAUAUAUAUUGACUGGAUUAUGGUUAUUCCUAGGAAAAUUCAAUUCUUAGUGAAGUAAUCCAACAAUUGCAGUCUCUUGAUAUUUUUUCAUUAGUUGAUAUUAAAAGUAGAUUCUACAAUGCAGAACCCAAAGUACAAAUCAUUUCAUCUUCAACUGACAUAGAAUUAAGUUGCCGGCUGUGACAUGUUGAGGGUAACUGUCAUCAACUGUAAAUAAAGAAAGCAGUGCACCUUAUUCUAGUCAUUUACAAUAAAAUACAGAACAAAGGGUCUGUGAAUGGUACAGAAAACCAAGGUCCCAGGUGCUUAUUGGCGUGCACGUAAAAGAUUCCUAGACAGUUGGUAUUAGAAAUAAAAUUAGGCCAUAGGGCUGUCGUCUUGGCAAAAUUUCCCUCAUAGCACACUGCAUAGCAUUAUGCCCGUCUUCAUUAGCCUAUUUGGUGCAGGAAAGUAGGAUGUUAAACUCCAUUUCAUUUCAUACUUCUGUUAUUUAGUAUAAUGAGGUAUGUAACACCUACAGGUAAAAGUUGUAAACAUUAAAGGCGUGUCUUGUGAUAUUGUUAUUAAUAACAGAGAAGGAGUUCUACUAUAUAUACCUUGUGUUGUAUUGUUGAGAUUGCUAUUAUAAUGUUCCAUCAAAUGACUUUUCGGCAAAUUAAUGUGUUAAUUAAAAUCGAAAUGAUUUGUACUCUGGUAUUGCAAUGUAGAAACUAUUCUAAUACUGGACAGUGAAUAAAAUAUAAAGAAUUAGGGAGGUGAACUUCCCAAUUUAAUACUGUUCAUCAUUUUGUCAUCCAUUAAAAUAAAAUUCUAAUUCACAAAUACUAGAAUAUAUUUGAAAUAAGCACUAAACAUCUGUUCGUCUUGUUAUUCGUUGUUACAGUUAUUCUGUAUUUAAUAUAAAUAAAGCUGAAAGAUGUUUUGUUAUUCAGACUAUAUAUAUUAUUUUGUGUUUAUAUUAAUGUAAUAAUAUUAUGAUUAUUAUACAUGCAUUAUAAGAAUUAAGUAAUAAAUUGUUUUGAUUGUAUAUA